GGGGCGGUCAGUGCCCGGCCGGGGCGGCGGGGGCGAGGGGGGGCGGGGGCUGGGGCGGGAGGACCUUGCUGAAGCCUCCGGCCCCGGGGCAGGAUCAGGGCCCCUUCCUGGGGGAGUUUCCUGCCCCGUCCACCCUCCCCGCCUCUCCCCGCCCCCUCCCCGGGCCGCUCCUUGUAUGGUCUCGGCGCCGCUCUCUCCCCGCCCUCUCCCUCCCUCCCUCUUCCCGCGUCCCUCCCCGCCGGGCUGGAGGCGGCUUGGGACCGGGACGCAGAGUCUGCGGACCCGGCUGCGAGGCGGCCACCCGAGACGCGGCGCGCACGCUCCGGCCCGCGCACGGCCUGGCCAUGGCGGCCCCCCGCCCGCCUCGCGCGAUCUCCGUCUCGGCUCCAGUGUUUUACGCCCCGCAGAAGAAGUUCGGCCCGGUGGUGGCCCCAAAGCCCAAAGUGAAUCCUUUCCGGCCCGGGGACAGCGAGCCUCCCUCGGCCGCUGGGGCCCAACGCGCACAGAUGGGCCGCGUGGGCGAGAUUCCCCCGCCGCCCCCGGAAGACUUUCCCUUACCGCCUCCUCCCGUGCUGGGGGAGGCCGACGACGCCGAGGGCGCUCUGGGAGGUGCCUUCCCCCCUCCCCCUCCCCCGAUCGAGGAACCGUUUCCCCCUGCGCCUUUGGAGGAGGAGAUCUUCCCUUCCCCACCGCCUCCGCUAGUGGAGGAGGGAGGGCCUGAGGCCCCCAUACAGCUCCCACCACAGCCCAGGGAGAAGGUGAGCAGUAUUGAUCUGGAGAUCGACUCUCUGUCUUCGUUGCUGGAUGACAUGACCAAGAAUGAUCCCUUCAAAGCCCGGGUGUCAUCUGGAUAUGUACUCCCACCGGUCACCACUCCAUUCAUUUCCAAGUCCAGUUCUAAGCCAGCAACUGGGGGCACAGCACCCCUGCCUCCCUGGAAGUCCCCUGCUAGCUCCCAGCCUGUGUCCCAGGCUCAGCCUCAGAGCCAGACACAUUUCCAUGUGCAGUCUCAGCCCCAGGCCCAGCCUCAGGUCCAGCCCCACGUCCAGCCCCAGCCCCAGCCUGUGCCUUUGGCUAACACCCAGCCCCGAGGUCCCCCUGCCCCAUCUCCAGCCCCUAAGUUUUCUCCAGUGACUCCCAAGUUUACUCCUGUGGCUUCCAAGUUCAGCCCUGGAGCUCCAGGUGGACCCGGGUCACAGCCCACUCAGAAGUUGGGGCCCCCUGAAGCUCCCUCUUCCACUGGCACAGGCUCCCCUCAGCCCCCCAGCUUCACCUAUGCUCAGCAGAAGGAAAAGCCCCAAGUGCAGGAGAAGCAGCACCCAGUGCCGCCACCGGCUCAAAACCAAAACCAGGUGCGCUCCUCUGGGGCUCCAGGACCCUUGACUCUGAAGGAGGUGGAGGAGCUGGAGCAGCUGACCCAGCAGCUGAUGCAGGACAUGGAGCACCCUCAGAGGCAGAACGUGGCCGUCAGCGAGUCCUGUGGCCGGUGUCACCAGCCCCUGGCACGUGCUCAGCCCGCGGUGCGCGCUCUGGGGCAGCUGUUCCACAUCACCUGCUUUACCUGCCAUCAGUGUGAGCAGCAGCUGCAGGGACAGCAGUUCUACAGCCUGGAGGGGGCGCCGUACUGUGAGGGCUGCUAUACUGACACCCUGGAGAAGUGCAACACCUGUGGGCAGCCCAUCACUGACCGCAUGCUGAGGGCCACAGGCAAGGCCUACCACCCGCAGUGCUUCACCUGUGUGGUCUGCGCCUGCCCCCUUGAGGGCACCUCCUUCAUCGUGGACCAGGCCAACCGGCCCCACUGCGUCCCCGACUACCACAAGCAGUAUGCCCCCAGGUGCUCCGUCUGCACAGAGCCCAUCAUGCCCGAGCCUGGCCGAGAGGAGACCGUGCGUGUGGUCGCUCUGGACAAGAACUUCCAUAUGAAGUGCUACAAGUGUGAGGACUGUGGGAAGCCACUGUCCAUUGAGGCGGACGACAACGGCUGCUUCCCCUUGGAUGGCCACGUGCUCUGCCGGAAAUGCCACACCGCCAGAGCCCAGACCUGAGUGAGGACUGGCCCCCUUCUUGACUGCAAAUCCAUUCCCCAUUAGCAGACCACCCACAAUGAGACCACUUCCCCCCUUCACCCUCCCCACAGUUAGUUUUUGAUGUCGAGCCCCUCCCUCCAUACCAGACCCCACCCCAGUAUCCCUUGUGCCCUGAUUCAGGGCCCCAAUGUGGCCUAGGGCUGCAGAGUCCCAGCCCUGGGGUCCAGUCCUCCCCGAUCCUGCAGGGACCACCCACCAUCGUCUAGGUACCCCACCUGAGGGGGCACCAGACUGAGCGCUGCUGCUUUCACUGCUGCACCGAUGCCCUCAGCUGGCCCUCAAGCAGCCUCUUAUUCUGCUUGCCGAGGGCCAGGAAACGCCCUGACCUGCUGGGAGGCUGGGCUGGGCCCACCAGCCUGGACGUUCCCACCCACCCCUGUGCUGCCGGGUUGUGGCUACAGCUACAAAUAAAAGACGUUUUCCAGAA